AUGGACGGGACUCUGACCGUGCCGUGCAUAGAUUUCGCCGAGAUGCGCCGGCGCGUGGGCGCCACGAGCCCGGAUAUUCUGCACGAGAUCGACGGUUGGGAUGAGCCGAGACGAGUCGAGGCGUAUCGUGUGAUUGGGGAGAUGGAGGCGGAGGCGAAGCGACGGCUGCAGAUCAUGCCAGGGGCCCGCGAGCUCAUCGCCUUUCUUGACGCCCGGAACAUCAGGCGAGGGCUUAUAACGAGGAAUGUGAAGGAUUCAGUGGACCAUUUCCAUAGCAGUUUCGAGGUGAUUCUCAUACACGUUAAGGAAUUUCUUGUUACCAGCACUGGGCUUAUAACGAAGAAUGUGAAGGAUUAA